CCCGUCCUGAUUCGAGCGGUAGGACGAAGCCCGCGGUCUUAUCGAAGGAUGAAUGCGUAACCAACGACAUCAUCGAAUGGGCAAUCGAAUCAACCAUCCCUCAGCUGGUUUUUGAAUGUGCAACAGCCGUGAACGGGACCAUCGAGUGUACGAGGAGAGAGAGAGUGAGGGAGUGAACGAGUAAAUACGCAACGUUUCCUAAGAACGUUGGUGUGUUGUAUGCAUGCAACGAAGUGUUCAACGUCGUGUGUGAGAACGUGCUGUUGGAGUAUUUGAAGGACCACCAAGUGGCGUAACUGUUCGAUCUCGAAACCAACGGUACAGAAAGACAACGAGGAGAGAGGAGACCGUAUUCGUCCCCACCACAGCGCCAAGGGUGAUCGAAAGCGAACAACGAUGGCUCUCCCGAUGAUACGCCUCGAGGAGGCGAACCAGCUGCUGGAUUUCUCGAAAAAGCUCGACAUCGAUUUGCUGGAUAACAUAGUGUCGUGCCUGUACAAUAGCACCGGUGAGCAGCUGCGGCUCGCACAGACGGUUCUGACGACACUGAAGGAACACCCGGAUGCGUGGACGCGCGUGGACAGCAUACUGGAGUUUUCCCAGAACCAGCAGACGAAGUUCUACGCUCUCCAGAUCCUCGAGGAGGUGAUCAAGACGCGCUGGAAAAUCCUGCCCCGCAACCAGUGCGAGGGCAUCAAGAAGUACGUGGUGGGGCUGAUCAUCAAGACAUCGCAGGAUCCGGCGAUGAUGGAAACCAACAAGGUGUACCUGAACAAGCUGAACAUCAUCCUGGUGCAGAUACUGAAGCGCGAGUGGCCAAACAACUGGGAAACGUUCAUCAGCGACAUCGUGGGUGCGUCCAAGACAAACGAGACGCUGUGCCAGAACAACAUGAUCAUACUGAAACUGCUGAGCGAGGAGGUGUUCGAUUUUUGCUCCGGCCAGAUCACGCAAACGAAGGCGAAGCAUCUUAAGGACACCAUGUGCUCGGAGUUUGCGCAGGUCUUCACGCUCUGCUCGUUCGUGCUGGAGAACUCGCUGAACGCACCGCUCAUCUCGGCGACGCUGCAAACGCUGCUGAAGUUUCUCAACUGGAUCCCGCUCGGUUACAUUUUCGAGACGAAGCUGAUCGACAUGCUGGUGGGCCGCUUCCUGACUAUACCGAUGUUCCGCAACAUCACGAUCAUGUGCCUGUCCGAGAUCGCGAGCCUGCAGCUGUCGAACUACGACCACGUGUUCAUUGCCUUAUUCAAGCAAACGAUGGAGCAGUUUGCCUCGAUGAUACCGCUCAACACGAACAUGAACCAGGUCUACAUGAGCGGGUCGGACGACGAGCAGUGCUUCGUGCAGAACCUGGCCAUGUUCUUGUGCACAUUCCUGCGCGUACACGCGACGCUCGUCGAGAAGCGCGACACGAUGGAGGUGGUGCUGAAGGCGCUCGACUACCUGGUGUUGAUCUCCGAGGUCGAGGAUGUGGAGAUCUUCAAGAUCUGCCUCGAGUACUGGAACAGCCUGACGUGCGAACUGUACAAGGAGACGCACACCUCGAACCAGCGGCGCACCUUCUACCACAAGAUCCUGUCGAAGGUGCGCUACAUCAUGAUCUCGCGCAUGGCCAAACCCGAGGAGGUGCUGGUGGUGGAGAACGAAAACGGCGAGGUGGUGCGCGAGUUCAUGAAGGACACGAAUAGUAUUAACCUGUACAAGAAUAUGCGCGAAACGUUGGUCUACCUGACGCAUCUCGACUAUGGCGACACCGAGCGCAUCAUGACGGACAAGCUGAACAACCAAGUGAACGGGACCGAGUUCUCGUGGAAGAACCUAAACACGCUGUGCUGGGCGAUUGGCUCCAUCUCGGGCGCGUUCUUUGAGGAUGACGAGAAGCGCUUCCUGGUGACCGUUAUCAAGGAGCUGCUGGGAUUGUGCGAGCACAAGAAAGGCAAAGAUAACAAGGCGAUCAUUGCGUCCAACAUCAUGUACGUCGUUGGUCAGUAUCCACGCUUUUUGCGGGCGCACUGGAAGUUCCUCAAGACGGUCGUCAACAAGCUGUUCGAGUUCAUGCACGAAACGCACGACGGCGUACAGGAUAUGGCCUGUGAUACAUUCAUCAAGAUUGCGCUCAAGUGCCGGCGACAUUUCGUGCUGCUGCAACCGAACGAAUCCUGCAGCUUCAUCGAGGAGAUCCUGGCGACGAUGAGCAGUAUAAUCUGCGAUCUACAACCGCAGCAGGUUCAUACAUUCUACGAAGCCGUCGGUUACAUGAUAUCCGCUCAAGCAGAUCAGGUGCAGCAAGAUAUUCUGAUCGAAAAGUAUAUGAUGCUGCCAAAUCAGGUUUGGGACGAUAUCAUCUCACAAGCAACCAAGAACGUGGACAUCCUGAAGGAGAUGGGCGCAGUGAAGCAGCUCGGCAGCAUACUUAAGACGAACGUGCGCGCCUGCAAAGCGUUGGGUCAUUCGUACGUGUCCCAGCUCGGGCGCAUCUAUCUCGACAUGCUGAAUGUGUACAAGAUCAUGUCCGAAAAUAUCACGCAAGCCAUCUCGCUCAAUGGGCUCGCUAUCAACAACCAGCCGCUCAUCAAGGCGAUGCACGUCGUGAAGAAGGAAACGCUGACGCUCAUUUCCGAGUGGGUGUGGAAGUCGAGCGAUCCGCAAAUGGUGAUGGACAACUUCAUUCCGCCGCUCUUGGAGGCGGUGUUGUUCGACUAUCAGCGCACGAAAGUUCCAAAUGCCAGGGAACCGCUGGUGCUGAGCACCAUGGCAUCGAUCGUGAACCGACUGCAGGCCGUCAUUACGCCGGAGAUUCCGAAAAUCUUUGACGCGCUGUUCGAUUGCACCCUCGAUAUGAUCAACAAGAACUUCGAGGACUACCCGCAGCACCGUACCAACUUCUACGAGCUGCUGCAAGCGGUCAACAUGCACUGCUUCAAAGCGUUCCUUAGCAUUCCGCCCGAACAGUUCAAGCUCGUCUUCGAUUCGAUCGUGUGGGCGUUCAAGCACACGAUGCGAAAUGUGGCCGAUACUGGGUUGAACAUUUUGAUGCAGAUGCUCCAAAAUCUUGAACAGCACCCGCAGGCAGCGCAGAGCUUCUACCAGACGUACUACACCGAUAUCCUGAUGCAGAUCUUCUCCGUCGUGACGGACACGUCGCACACGGCCAGUCUGCAGAAUCACGCGACAAUUCUAGCGUACAUGUUCUCGCUUGUCGAGGCGGGCCGCAUCACAGUGAAGCUCGGACCCUCGGACGACAACGUGCUUAACAUCCAGGAGUACGUGGCGAUGCUGCUCAAGUCCGCCUUCAGCCAUCUGACCGGCAACCAGAUCAAGAUCUUCGUUACUGGCUUGUUCAACCUCGACCAAGAUGUACACGCAUUUAAGGAGCAUUUACGGGAUUUCCUCAUUCAAAUCAAGGAAGUGACCGGUGAAGACGAUUCCGACUUGUACCUGGAAGAGCGAGAAAAUGAGCUGAAAAAAAUACAGGAAGAGAAGCGGCGCAUGCUCAUGACCGUACCGGGCAUGAUUAAUCCGCACGAGAUGCCGGAGGACAUGCAGGAUGAAUAGGCCACGAGUGGGAUGUGUUUGUAAAAGGGGAAGAGAGAGAGAGACGGAGAGCGCGCGGCAAGGACAAACACUUCCUGCGAACGUGAAACAAGCAACAUGUUAUCAUUCUCACUCGUCCUUGUACAACGAUAGUUGGUAAGAGAUCUGUGGCUUGGCGCAGCAAAUUGGCCAUUUGGGAGGUCUCCGGAGCUAAAACCCGGAUUCUCGAACAGCAACCAUCAUCUUCAUAGGCGCGCGCUGCGCAAAGCAAAAAACAAAAGUGAACCUGUGGAGACAAGAAUUUGCCGGUUCCCCGUUGUUGGAGCGUACGUGUGGGUGUGUGUGCCGUUGCACGAGGAAGGUGGCCCAAAAGGAAGAGUCGGAUGUGCGUUUUUGAGGAGGAAGGAAAAAGGAUGACUGGCCGUACGGGAGGGUGUGCGGUGGCGGCCGUUAGGGCACGUACGAGGAAGCGUAGAUGUAAGACGAACAUCGACAUAGCGCAUGUUACGAUGACGACGAUGGAGAGCACUACUAACAGGGAUAAUAUGUGAGAGAGCGAGAGCACAUGUAUGCGCGUAGUAUUUAAGUUUUUUUUCUUCUCCCUUUCGUUGGAUUGGAGAUGCAUCAACCUCCGCCCUUGUACGUCAUCCACCGGAAGGACCUUCUACUGUGACGCUAGAGCGAGUGUUUGUAUGUAUGUGUUUGUGUGCGCGCACGCGUAAACUUCUAGUGUGUGUAAGAAUGUGUGCGUGUGUGUGUAGGUACGUACGUGCGCGAAUGCUGGUGCAUGAACGGCCAGUGGAGUCUUAUAAUAUGGCAUCCGUGCCCGGCAAGGAUCGUGCGUAUGUGUGUGUAUGUGCACGCAUUGUUUAACGAAAGUCAUCCUAUCGAAAAAAAAACCUCGAGCCGAGAAGAAGUAACACUGAAAGGAGAAGAAAGCGUAAAAGCAUUAAAUUACUCUAUGUCGUCCCAGGGCUGAUAGACGACGCACAUCAAAAUGAUGGUUGCCACUUCUUAUAAGCCACCCUGGUUACUAUACCGAUCGAAAUUGUCGCCUAUGGUACCGAUCAGGUGUGCCACGGUGUUGCCUGGGACAUCAUUAUUCGCCAGAGCCGCCAGCGAAAAGCGAUAGGCAUUAGGAAGGAUUCGGUUUUGGUUUUCUUUUUUUUUGUGAGUAGUUGAAUUUUUGCUUUCGCCCUAAGUGGUCUUUUUCCACCCUCUGAGGACAAUAAGCGACCAAAAGUUCGCCCGAAAAGUGUCACACAAAACAUGCAGCCUCGGUGAAAUACGAACAUAUAAAAUGAGAUGAAAAACACACGCACCCGCGCGUAUUGCUUGGUAGUUUAACAUGAAAUCUUCAAAUAAUUUUCGAUCGCAACACGCCGGUGGAUACGGCAUCAACAACCCUUCCUCCCUCAUUUAGAGAAGCAAUCGACGCCGUGAGCACAUACAGCGCUUGUAAAUAAAUUUGUAAAUCUAAAAGCUACACAGAGUCCUUGGUGCCCCGCGAUUGGGAAAGGAAUCCAUUUGUCAUUGUCCCCUCAUGAACUUUGAACGUUUUGCGCGCGUAUAUGCUUUCGAUCAUUGCAAUAGCGUUGCAAUGAGGUUUUUUUUUGUUCAUAUAAGUAUCCUAAAAAUCUUUAUCAUUUGCUUAUUUUCCCAUUUAGGGAGCGCUGUUGAAAGCACGUUUAAAAUACACCGUUGUUGUUAUUGAUAAUUUUGACACACAAUUUUUGCAGUUUUCAGAUCACCCGUUGAGUUAAGGAAUAAAAGGAUUAGACAACAAACGAUGUCUCACGGUUUUGCGGAGUCGAAUCGAAAAACGAAUCCAUUUAGAAGUGCACCAUUAGCAGCCGUCUAAAGAUGCGCAUCAACCUCUUCUCCUCGGAGGUUUUUUUUUGCUUUUAGUUUUUUUUUUUGAAAAUAUUCUUGUGUGGCUGGAGCGCAAAUAAAACGAUAGACGACCGGAAGAAUAAACGGAUAGAGGCACUAUAGCGUAGUAUACAACGGUCUCUCCCCUUUCGUAGUGUAAGGAAUUUAGCGUAGCUGCAGCGAGGGGGACACACGUUUGCCGGGAAGAAGGACACUCCCACGUCUCCGGACGGGGUACCCUUCAGGUUUUGGGAAGAACUUCGUCCGGCGUGCACAUAGCAUAAACCGAGAGAGAACGAAAGAGAAACCGAGCGAAUGUGUGUGUGUGUGUGUGUCUAUUGAGUGUGCGUGUGCCCCGUUGUCCUGUUAGGAAAGGAUGAUGUGUGUUUUCUUCUUCAUUUUUUUUAGUAAUCCUUAAGAAUGUAGUAAGGAGGUGUGUGGUGUGUUGUGCGCGAGUGAGAGUGAAUGUGGAUCUUAAGUUGUCCUUUUGACUCUUAGCUCUCCGUGCAAUCGUCCCGUGCGGGGACGUCGCGUGUGAAACAAACAAAACAAAGAAAGUAUGCCACACAACACAAACAAACAAACAAAAAACAAACAUUUUCUUCUAGGAGCAGUAGCACAGAAAUGAAACACAAGAGAGAUCCACGCGCACGGAGAGAUAAGAAGAUGGGAGCAAGGAAAAAUGCACUCUAUUGCAAGAGGGUUGGAAACAACAAAACAGAAUCCGAGCGUUGAGUUGGAAUGUAUGGUGAAGUUAGGAGGAAACAGAAAAGAAAACAAAGAACAAAAAAAAUAGAGCAACAAGCAGCAAAAUAAUAAAAAAAAAAAGAUGAAUCAAAUAAGUCCUCCAGA